CUGCAGCCAGAUGGAGAAAUGCCAGGGGGAUGGAAUGCCUCUUCCGACAGCCCAGAGCUACGAGCAGCGGGGAUUAUUGUGCCCAUCAUCUUCUCCCUCAUCUUCCUCCUGGGUACUGUGGGGAACGGGCUGGUGCUGGCCGUGCUGCUACGGAACGGCCAAAUCAAGUACAACACCACCAACCUCUUCAUCCUUAACCUGGCUGUGGCCGACCUGUGCUUCAUCGUCUGCUGUGUCCCCUUCCAGGCCACCAUUUACACCCUGGAUGGGUGGCUCUUUGGGGCCUUUGCCUGCAAGGCUGUCCAUUUCCUGAUCUACCUCACCAUGUACGCCAGCAGCUUCACCCUGGCUGCCGUCUCCAUUGACAGGUACCUGGCCAUUCGCUAUCCACUGAAGUCCCGGGAUCUCCGCACUUCUCGAAAUGCAGGAGUGGCCAUUGUAGCAAUCUGGUCGCUGUCGCUGCUCUUUGCGGGGCCUUACAUCAGUUACUACCAGAUUGUCCAUUACCACGGAGUGCCCAUCUGCAUCCCCAUCUGGGAUGACCGGCGCCGAAAGAUUCUGGACAUCCUCACAUUUGUCUUUGGAUACCUCCUGCCUGUGACUGUGGUGAGCCUGGCAUAUGCCAGGACCAUCAAGUUCCUGUGGACCUCCAUAGACCCCAUAGAAAGGAUCUCGGAGUCCCGGAAGGCCAAGUGUAAGGUCACCAAGAUGAUUGUGGCUGUGGCCAUCCUGUUCUGCCUCUGCUGGCUGCCCCACCACCUGGUUAUCCUGUGCUUCUGGUUUGGCCACUUCCCCUUCAACCGAGCCACUUACGCUUGCCGCCUGGCUUCCCACUGCCUUUCGUAUGCCAACUCCUGCCUCAACCCCAUUGUCUACGCCCUCAUCUCCAAACAUUUCCGCAAGCGUUUCAAGCAGGUCUUCACCUGCCUCUUCUUCCAGAACAAUACCAGGAAGAAGAAGAGAGUUGGAAAGAAAGUCCACGUGGUCAACGUGGACAAAGUUUUCACCAACAGCACCAGAGGUUUCUGUGGAGGCAACACUGAAGAGAGCCAGGUGCCGGAGGAGAACACCAGGAAGAGAGACCCUGAAGGUGCCAGUCAUGCCAGAGCAUGGAAUCACCAGCUACAAGAUGCCAUGGUCUCCGUUCAGAAGGAGCUACUGGAGGAGGAAAGUUUGGCAACAGCUGUCCAUCCCCUAGGCAUGACCCCUCCAAGAGGAACUCAGGAGUUUCCAACUGUUCACUGCAGAUGAACAAAGUGAAGAAACCUGUUUCCCAUCCAGUGAGUAGCUGCUUCAUUCCCAAACAAGCAGAAUAAUGUGGGGCAGAGGGGAAUGGAUGUAGCAGAGCCACCGAAAGAUCCUGUGCCAAUGGUUAACCCAUUGUCCCCACUCAUCUUCACUCACUGGUCCACAGCAUUCAUACAGGAACGGCACGAUCCACCCAGACAGAUGCAGAAUGGAGAGACGUGUUAAUGUGAUGCCAAGCCAUCUGGGUGGCACUCCUGCACCAGGUUUUAAGGCCUCCAUUUCCCAACUUCCUAACUUGCUAAUUUUAAGCAGCACCUUGAAACUCUAAGAGGGAGGCAUACAAAAUGAAAACAACCUGGUAGGAAAUCCAGCCUGUUGAGGGCCUAUCGCAGCAUGGGUGGGAAGGGUGGAGAGAGUGCACGGAGAUCUGAGUGUGAAUAAGGUAUCUGGCAGCCCCCAGCAGUGAAACACUGUCCCCUGCCCACGUGCUCUUCUUUUCCCAUGGGCUGGGGACAGCCCUCGUCCACCUCCACCCUCUUUCCCAGCCCCUGCACCCGGAUCAAAGGACCUUCGCCACACUGGCUGAUGUACAAGCAAGUCAGCCAGAGGCUUGAUGAUACCAACCCCCCA